AUGCUCUACAACUCAUCGUUUUCCCUUCUCCACUUUCACAACUCACUGUUUUCAACCGAUUCUUCAUCAUCUUCACCGUCAUUUUUCGGUAACCCUAAGCCGGACAAGAAGAAGCUCGGAGGAAACACCAUUGAUUCACCACCGCCAGCCAUUGAUUCUCCCUCGACAGGCAUCAAUUCUCCAUUGUUUCACCGGAAAGAAAGAACGAACCCAACAACGCACUCUUCUCCAUUCGUCGGCCUAGAACUCACGUACUCUUUACCACGAUUCAGCGAUUCACCACCGGAAAGAGGAAACUAUCUGAGAUCGUACCAGAGUUAA